UCUGUUUUGCAGCAUUUCAUCAUUCCAACUGCUUUUCUCUCUUUGACCUCAUUACCAAACGGCCAGUGGCCGUUCGCAAGAUCACCUUCACAUUCAUUCUCACAAUAUGCUUUCUUUGCGAUUUAUUUCAUCGGCGCUGCUGCUGGCAGGAUCAGCUUUAGCAGGUCCCAAUAAUGAAACGAGUCCUACACAUGUCUUUCGUUCGAGACCAGAUUUGCAUGCACCUAUGCUAGACACGGUGAUCCUCAGACCGGAACUAGUGGCACCUGGAUAUAUUAUGCUCGCACCGUACCGAAAUCUAGACCCAGGACCGUACAUCUACGACAAUUGGGGACAACUAGUAUGGUCCGGCGCUGGCUCGAGCGGACCUAAGACUGCUCAUUCACCGCAUACAUGCGAUUACAAAGGAGAAGAGCAUCUUUGCUAUUUUCAGGGAGAACAACAUCAAGGCUUCGCACGAGGACAUGGAGUAAUUAUGGACAAACACUACCGCAUUGUCAAGACAGUGGAAAGCUCUGGAGCAGGUGCUUCGAGUGACAUGCACGAGUUCAGAUUGACACCGCACUCGAAUGGUACGACUGCGCUCAUGACGGUCUAUCAGCCGCGCAUGUACGACUUGACGACAAACCCAAAGUUUCAAAUCAAGAACGGCAUGGGCUGGAUUGUCGAGGGCGUCUUCCAGGAGAUCGAGAUCGAUACUGGAAGGGUAGUGUUCGAGUGGAGGAGUACCGAUCAUCUCGAUCCUAGCUUGUCUUACACAUUCCCUGCACGCACAGAUACAUCAGGAAAUGGUCUGACUGAGAACACACCCUGGGACUACUUCCACAUCAACUCUAUCGACAAGAACCAGGAUGGCGACUAUCUGAUCUCUGCCAGACACAUGGCUGCAAUCUACAAGCUUUCUGGCGUGGACGGAUCGAUCCUGUGGGAGAUGGGCGGUGCGAACCCGACUUUCCAUCAAACCAAUUUCAACUUCUCUUCCCAGCAUCACGCCCGUUGGGUCAGUGAGAACGAAACACAUACGAUCUUAUCGUUCUACGAUAAUGCCAGCAACGGUUUCAACAGGACUGACAAGUUUUCUCAUGGUUAUGUCGUCUCCAUCGACCACAUCGCAAACACCGCGACCAUGGUCAAGGAAUACGGCGCACCUGAGUCUGCGGGAGGCGUGCUCUCAGGAUCCCAAGGCAAUAUGCAAAUUCUCCCUAAUGGCAACAUUCAUCUUGGCUGGGGCGAACAUCCAUACUUCAGCGAGCACACAGCCGAUGGUUCAGCAGUCAUGUACGCAAAGGUCGCAUAUCGCGCCAGUAACGUCAUGAUCUACCGGUCACAUAAAUUUCCCUGGGUUGGGCAGCCAUUGACCAAGCCAGCUCUAUGGACGUACUCGAAAACGAAUGACGAAAAAUCUGGCAUGGUCUUCUACGUGUCCUGGAAUGGCGCGACCGAGGUCUCGUCCUGGAACUUCUAUGCUAGCGCAAACAGAAGCGGGCCCUUCAACUUGGUUGGAAACACCAAGACGACUGGGUUUGAGACUGUGAUGCGCUAUAACAAUGUAACAACAUGGGGCUUCGCCGAAGCACUGGACAAGGACGGAAACGCUCUCGAGCGCAGUGUGAUUCAGAAGACCUUUGUCCCCAGCGUCACACUUCGUGACCACUGCAAUGAAUGGGCUUGUGGAAAGGCAGAGGCCGUCCGCGAUGAAGACGCCAAUUACGAUCCGUACAGUCAAGUCAGGUCCGAGUACCUCAGCAACAAUCGGGGAUUCGAUACAAGCGCGUACUAUGCCGAGCUGCCAGAGAAGACAGCUGAGCAAUACGCUGCCGAGGAGAAACUCCAACACCAGCGAGCUAUAAAGGCGAGACUGCUGGUCGGUGUGCUCGGUGUGACUGCUGGAAUUGGAUUCGUCAUAUUUGUCCUCAUCCUAAUCCGCAAGCAAAUCUCAGGCGCAAUGCCAAUCUCCUUCGCGAGAAGGGUGUCCGAUGUCAGAGACGCUAUCAGCGUCAGACUGCUAGGCAAGAAGUACGUUCGAGUCGACGAGGAAGAAAAGUACUCCGAUCGAUCAUGAACAACUUUGCUUCCUUUUUCUUUGUUUUGUCAUUUUCAUUUUCAUUUUCAUAUUCCGUCUUAUAACCAAAGCGAGCAUUGGGAGGAGUUUUGCACAUGGCCGAGAUUACGAUCUAUCGAGCCAUGUGAGUUGUUUGGUAGUGCUUCGGCAAGCUCCGAAAAUUGCAUAUACCCAGUGCCUUCUUCGAAAGAAGUCAUCCCUGCAUCUAGUCAGUCACAAUAUCAAAAUGACAACGAUCUACAUACAACCCUGUCUGCUUGUCACACAAUAUGAAGCUUUGAGCACUGUACUCUGAAACCAUGAUA